AUUCGCAGUUGAAAACACGACGGACCUUCACUCACGUAACACCAAUGGAGGAAGACAAUUCCCAAAUACUCGAAGAUGCUCAUUCCGAGUUUAAAAAGCGGAAUUUUAACCAGGCAGAGGAACUGUACACAAAGUUUAUCUCUUCCUGCUUACUGUCCAGGGAAUGUGACGCUGGCAGUUUGGCCGCUGCUUAUAACAACCGCGGACAGAUAAAGUACCUCCGGGUGGAUUUUCAUGAAGCAGUGGAGGACUACACCUCUGCAAUACAGGCUGACAAACACUUUGAAAUCCCUUUCUACAACAGAGGACUCAUCCACUAUAGAUUAGGCUUUUUUGACGACGCCAAGAGUGAUUUCCAGCAAGCAUUAAAGCUCAAUCCACACUUUGAAGAUGCCAAAGUGAGCCUACAACAGACACUUCUGGACCAACAGGAGAAGAUAAACAGAGGAUACUGACGACCUCUUAACCUACAGAGGACGUCAAAUCUAAACCAUGCAGUGUGGUGGUUAGAAACAAGUGGUUAGAAAUCACUGUCAGUUUGUUUGAUUUAUUUGUUGUGCCAUUUAACAUAAAGCGAUCUGCACAAACAAAGACAGAGUUGAUAUUCAGAGAUGCAAAAUGCAAAACGGUCAUCCCACUACAUUAGACAGAGACUCUUGAUGGAUUUUUGAUAAGUAGAGGAUUGCUGGUUCUUUUCUGCAUCAACUGAGAAAAACAUAAUGGAUAAAGGAUAUAGUUUUAAAAGACUGAGUGGGAAGUGUGCGCUAAUCGAGGUCAAACGAUGAGCCUGAUGAAUGUUUGUGUGCAGCUUUCCAGACUUUGGGAGGAGGAUUUGUACACAAACCAUAAUCAGGACCUGACAUGCGGUAAUAAUGAGGAAUCUCACAGCUGCAAAGGGGAAAAAAAAACACUUUUGUGUCCUAAAUCUGUACAAGCUGAUUUGUGAUUUUAAAGAAAGUUCUAGCAUUGAAUUUGUGAUUUUAUAAUAAAACACAAAUGCAAAUAUGUUUGAUCAAUGAGCAAUAAAUUAUUUUGUUACACA